AAUAAUGACUAAAUAAAGACAAAAAACCCUCCAAAUUUUCUCUCUCCUCACCAAUUGCUACGUCAUUUUAAUUGCGUUUCUCUCUCUUCUUUUCUCCUCUCUCCACACUCCAGAAAACCUCUGCCAUGGGGAAAAGAUAAAAAAAUGAUGUUCAGUUCAUUUUAAGGAAGAUAGGCACGUAAAAUCUAGAAAUCUUGAGGAAAAAAAUAAUUUUGUUUGAGCCCAUCACGGUUUUUGAUGGAGCCGCUCGCUUUUUUGGAUUCCGGGUCGCCGGAACCCUCAUCGGAUUUCGCUUUCGCGUUCAACGACGUCAAUUUCUCGGACAGGAUCCUCCGGAUUGAGAUCCUGCCCGAUUCUCCCGGGUCCAAACCCGACCCUGACGUCAGCCUCGCCGAUUGGGCCAGGAACCGGAAACGCCGACGUGAUGAUCAGCUCGCCAUUGUGAACGAACCUCCCGAACAAUGUGAAGAACAGGUUCUGAAUUGCAUUAUGCCGGAUUUGGAAGAAGCAGUUGCUUAUGAGAAUCAAGAAGAAGAAGAAGCUGUUGCAAUGGUUGAGGAGUUACCUUUGGAUGCAGAAGUUACAGUACAUGGAUCAGGUCAUGAAGCUGAAGGAAAUAAAGAAUCAUCUAGCAUAGAUCACUCAGCAAUUCAAGUUAAGACACUCCACAUCAGCUCUCCAAUUUUGGCAGCAAAGAGUCCGUUUUUCUAUGAGUUGUUCUCAAAUGGUACGAAGGAGUCUGAGCAGCGAUAUGUAACUCUAAGGAUUCAGGCCUCAGAGGAAACAGCCCUCAUGGAUUUGCUGAACUUCAUAUACAGCAAUACUCUACCCAGAACCACACCAACUGCUUUACUGGACGUGAUGAUGGCGGCUGAUAAAUUCGAGGUGGCUUCAUGUAUGAGAUACUGUAGCCGAUUAUUGCGCCACAUGCCAAUGACCUGUGAAUCGGCUUUGCUUUAUUUAGAUCUCCCAUCAACCGUUCUAAUGUCUGAAACGGUUUUGCCUCUCAUGGAUGCUGCCAAACAGUACCUUGCAUCACGUUUCAAGGACCUAAGCAAGUAUCACGAAGAGGUCCUAAACCUUCCACUCGCCGGCAUCGAGGCUGUCCUAUCAAGCGACGACCUGCAAGUGGCCUCCGAGGAUGCAGUCUACGACUUCGUCCUCAAGUGGGCCCGGGCCCACUACCCGAGGCCCGACGAGCGCCGUGAAAUCCUUACCACCCGUCUUCUCCGCCUCGUCCGCUUCCCGUGCAUGACCUGCCGAAAGCUCAAAAAAGUCCUCACGUGCAGCGACAUCGACCCUGAGGUAGCCUCCAAAGUCGUGCUCGAUGCUCUCUUCUUCAAGGCCGAGGCUCCCUACCGCCAGCGGGCCCUUGUGGCAGACGACUCGGGCCCAUCCAUCCGCCGAUUCACCGAACGGGCCUACAAGUACAGGCCCGUUAAGGUCAUCGAGUUCGAAGUGCCACGUCAUCAGUGCGUGGUCUACCUGGACUUGAAGCGGGAGGAGUGCGUGCAGCUGUUUCCUUCGGGCCGGGUUUACUCACAGGCUUUUCACAUUGGUGGGCAGGGGUUUUUCUUAUCGGGCCAUUGUAAUAUGGACCAGAACAGCUCGUUCCACUGUUUUGGGCUUUUUCUUGGGAUGCAAGAAAAGGGGUCGUUGGCUUUUACGGUUGACUACGAGUUUGCGUCGAGGACAAGGCCGAUUGAGGAGUUUGUGAGCAAGUAUAAGGGGAAUUAUACGUUCACUGGGGGGAAAGCGGUUGGGUACCGGAACUUGUUUGGGGUUCCGUGGACCGCGUUUGUAGCGGAUGAUAGCCCGUAUUUUAUUAACGGGAUUCUGCACCUGAGAGCCGAGCUUACGAUCAGGCGGUAG